CAUACUUUGGGAAGCAGUUCUGCUCUACUCUCCUGAAUAGAUAUGGAUAUGGAUAUACAAAUUGAGUUUUUUGGCUUUGGGCUGGCCUGUGCAGGGUGGUUUAGUGCUAUCCUCACAAGAUUUCUGCCCAUGUGGAACGUAAGUGGAACGGUAAACAACACCACAACAACGCUUCCAUUAUACUGGGAUGGAGUGUGGCUAAACUGGCAACACCACCGGACUGGCAGCCUCCACUGCACCUUCUAUCAGUCUCUACUGCCUCUAACUGAGCAUUUCACCGCCUGGAAAAUUCUCCUCAUUGUGUCCGUAGGAAUGGGAUUUAUCGCUAUGGCAGUUUACCCUGUAGGCUGGAUAAGAUAUCCUAAGAAUGUGCGGUUUAAAGCAGCUUCCGGGCCGGCGUUUGUAAUUUGUGGGCUGCUGUUAAUGGUGGUGAUCUCCUGGGCUACACAUUUAACGGAGGGGAAUUUGAAGAUUGGCGUCUCCCUGACACGGGAAUGGGCAGCAGCGAUCUUCAUUGGCUGGGUGGGCACGGCACUGCUUAUGGUUGGUGGUGGAGUGCUGAGCAUUAUUUGUUUUAAAGCAGUACGGAAGCAAAGAGAGGAAAGGAGACCAGCAACUUUAGAGCCAGGGGCACAGUAUCCAUUCCACACCAUAAACAGUUCUGUUUAUGGAUGAAUAUAUUCAUUUGAACGUCAGAAUGUUGGUGCUUUUAUUCAAGGAAUUAUUCUGACAUUUUAAGGAAUCUAUGUUCAAAGAACACCAACUGGUCAUGAUGAAUCGUUCUCAUUUUAGGCAAAAAUGUAAGGCAAUUUUGGCAACUGACAUUCUGACAGAGUGAUCUUUAUGAUUACUGUAUAAUUAGAGACAGGCCUAAAUAUUGGCCUGGUCAAUUAAUCGGCAGGUAUUUGGCCAUUUUGAGGUUAUCGGCAUCAGCCAAUUGGCCAACUAGAAACAGUCAUUCCAUAUUUUUCUAAGAAUCUUGUGUAAAUAUUGUGUAAAUAAGUGUUCAUUUAAAUACUUUUGUUUACAUCUUAUUUGCUAUCGUUCAAAUGUAUAUACACUCACUGAGCACUUUUUUAGGAACACCUGUACAUCUACCUAUAAAUGCGAGUGGCCAAUCGUGUGGCAGCAGUGCAAUGCAUAAAAUCAUGCAGAUACAGGUCAGGAGCUUCAAUUAAUGUUCACAUCAACCAUCAAAAUGGGGGAAAAAUUUGGACUGUGGCAUGAUUGUUGGUUUGAGUAUUUCUGUAACUACAGGUUGAACAAUGAGGCUGAUGGGCUACAAAAGCAGAAUACCAUGUCGGGCACUUUAUUAGGACCACAAUAUUCCUAAUAAAGUGCUCAGUGAGUGAGUAUAUCUCACUAUUAUGAUAUAGAUAAUAAUAUAAAGAUAUUGAUAUCAGCACUGACCAAUAAAAAACUUCUAUUGGUCGCCCGCUGCUUGUUGAACCAUUACCAACUAUCCAAAAUGUUGCCAUUUCAUCUGCCAGUGAAUCCCCUGAAAUGACUUCUUGGAGACUUUUUUUUAAUUCUGUUUUAUUGAUGUGUUAUUUGUUUAAUUAAAGUUGAUU